GAGUGGCUCUAGCUCUGGCAGCUUUUUUUGUUUCGUGUUCUCGCUCAGUUUCUCUGGCGAGGCUGAGAGAACUCAGUGGAAUAGAAGUACCGUGAGUUAGAAGCAGGGAUUUAGCAGGAGAUCAGAUUAGUUGCAAUACGAUGUCGCUUUUAGGUCUUGGAGGCCGGAGAUCUGCCUUCGCUCGCGGCCUAAGAUGCGUCAGCUGUAUGUCCAGAACGAAUUGCACAAGAAAGGCUGCAAAUGCGCACAAGCAUUCAAUAGUGCGCUCUCCAUUAGCCAGUCAUCCCUCCAUUGGAGCGAGAUACUUCCAAACUGCAUCAUGCCGGCACGCCAAGGUUGUGAAGCCAUUCAUUCUGAAGGAUUUGACUGAAGGAAUGGAGGAGGCAACAGUCACUGAGUGGUUUGUGAAGCCCGGAGAUGUCGUCGGUAGAGCAGUCCCGAUUUGUGAAGUCCUAACAGAUAAGACGUCCGCUACCCUGAAGAGCCCAAUGGCUGGUGUAAUCAAGGCCACGUAUUAUGAGGUUGACCAGAUAGCAAAGGUUGGGGCCAGGCUGUAUGACAUCCAAGUGGAAUAUGACAGUGCCGUGCCCACAGAAGAAGAUCUACUGGUAGCAGCGCCAGCAGCAUCAAUGCCAGAACCUACACUGAAUACACCAAGCAGUGACUGUGAGGAUCUCGGCAGAGCUCGGGUACUUGCCACCCCGGCAGUGAGACGAAUAGCGCGAGAGAACAAUGUUGAUCUUGGCACUGUUCCUGCCUCGGGCAAGCAAGGGCGUGUUCUGAAAGAAGACAUUGUUCGUUUCCUCUCUGAACCAGCUCCAGAGACCACAGCGACCCCUACACCACCAACACCACCAGCAUCGAUGCCUGCCAGGCCGCUGAGAUCAUCGGCAAUCGUAGCGGAUAAAGUGGAGGCGAUCAAGGGAAUUCGAAAGGCAAUGGUGAAAACGAUGACCGCUGCCAAUGCCAUUCCGACGUUUGGCUUCAACGAUGAGAUCAGCAUGGACCAGCUUGUAAUUGUGCGUGAGCAAUUGAAAGACAUCGCCACUAGCCGCGGUACCAAGCUCUCCUACAUGCCGUUCUUCCUGAAGGCUGCGUCAAUGGCAAUGUUGGAGUAUCCGAUACUGAACAGCAGUCCUAACAGCGCUUGCACAGAACUCACCUACAAGGCGGAACACAACUUUGGUGUAGCAAUGGAUACUCCAACUGGCUUGCUCGUUCCCAACAUCAAGUCCGUUCAAGACAAGUCUAUCUUUGAAAUUGCGUCUGAACUGCAACGGCUCAUGACCGUUGGUGCGGCCGGGAAAUUGGAGCAGAAUGACAUGUCCGGUGGCACCUUCUCUUUGUCCAACAUUGGAGCGAUUGGUGGUACCUACGCCAGGCCUGUCUUGCUCCCACCGGAGGUUCUGAUUGGUGCUCUGGGACGCAUGCAGGCGGUGCCACGGUUUGACAAAGACGACAAUGUGGUCAAGGCGCGUAUUCUCAACGUUAGCUGGUCCGCCGAUCAUCGUGUGAUCGACGGUGCCACUGUGGCACGCUUUUCUAACCUCUGGAAACAGUACCUUGAGAACCCAGCCACGCUCCUAGCCGAUAUGCGGUGAACCAAGCCGACACAUUCGUUUUAACUUCAACUAACCCACUUUUUCUCAUGCAGAUUUAAAUGAUUCAAAGUCUGCCGAUAACACCUUCUUUCUUUUUUUUACCAAAAUAAAUUCUACUCUCGGAGUAUAAAACAAUUCACUUUUUGUAGGAAUCUACGCACGCAAGGUCGAGAAUGGUGUGUUUUAACUGCAGUGAACUGUUCUGACACUUUCAUGUUGUCUGGCGAUGGUGCGCUUGCACUUCAGUUGUUAAAAAAAAAAAUAAUAAUAAGUAUACGUGAUGAGCAUGCCGCCUUGCACAGCAGCGUGUGCAACCAUGGGGAGUCAUUGGUGAUGAUCACGCUCUCUUCUCCUCAUACGUUAUUAUUAUUAUUAUUAUUAUUAUCCUGUCACGCCCAUAACUAGCUUGGAUAGAAUUUAGCUCCUUUGUGUCCCAUGA